CAGAAGCUCAGCAACUAGAUGUUUUUUUCGUGAAACAUUCAAGCCGAGUCGCAAUCAAAGAAGACGGUCGUUUUUAAACAAACGCAAACUCUAUUGUUCACAGUCGAAGACCGUAGCAUCAUGUCUUCCAAGUAUAACAAUGACCUGGAGUCUAGCAGCUUUCUGGGAAUGGACUCUUUCGAACCGGAAGAAUCGUCCGACUAUUGGCAAACGAAAGACACUACCGAUGCUGUGCCGCAGUGGACGAAAGGACUCACCCAGGACGACAUGAACGCCAUUUAUCAAAUGGGAGCCCUCUCGACCAACGGGCUGCUGGCGGAGGUGAAGAAAAUAUUCGAUCAAUCCUACCAGCUCGGUCUGCAGGAGGCGAAAGAAGUGACUAAGGGCAAAAACUUGAACAUACUGUCCAGCACAAAGCGAAAGUGAGCAGACUAUUCACGAAAGUUCUACCACACGAUGCUCGAUUUCGGAGUAAUGUAAUAAAAACCUUACUUAGUACUGUGU